AUGCCGAAGGAACCGCAGUUCUCUCGUCCCUACGCCUCGUCGUCGGCGCCGUACGCGAAGCCGUCAAGUUCGCUUGUGCCAGCUGCGUCUUCGUCUACAGGAGCCACUGCGGCCACGCGCGCGCUGACUGCGGGCACCGCUGCUGGUGGUGGUGGUGCUGCACCGACUGUCGGAGGUAAUCGUCCAGCACGACUCACCGUUAACAACUUUACGGCUUUUCAUGCGCGCGUCAAGAGGCUCCCACCGGAUGCGAACGUGAAGGCAGCGCUGCACACGCAGCUCUACCAGUUCCCCGAGCGCGUCUGCUUCGGCUGCGUGAAGUGCCGCCGCGACAACGUCGAGUCGGACAGCGUUGCCAUCGACUUGAAGAACCGUAUCAUGCUAUGCACGGCCUGCUUUACCCGCAUCAUUCGCCCGCGCACGUACACGCCGAGCAGGGUGAUACCCUUCCCAUCACUACUGUCUUGGCUUAACUAUAAGCCUUCUCAUGUAAUGAAGAUGUCCGAUGACGUGCUGGAGCGACCGGCGGAGGCGGUAGCGCCGUCAGGCGAGCGCAUGGCGGCUCCAAAGCUGACGGGGGGCGACAGAGCAACCGACCUGGGCAAGCUGCCAGCCAUCGCCAUGAACAUCGCGGCUGGUGGCCGCGGCCGCGGGAGUGAUACGACUGGUGGACGACAUGGAGGCCCAACGAUAGACGAGGUACUCGCCCAGGGCAGCGACGACACCCCAACCGGCACCCACCCGUGCCUGCGCGUGUGGGGCGUGUGUCAGCACGGCGAGACGUGUCUCUUCCGCAAUGCGCCUGCUGAUUUGUGUCUGGCGUACUUGAUGGGACUGUGUCGCGGACGCAAUAUGCCCAUCAGUGGAACUCCAGCAGGCGAUGGUAGGGGCAGCGGCCCCAACGCGAAUCGGAGUAAUAAUAGGCACAUCUACGGCGGCCAACACCAUCACCAUCCCAAACACAACCAGCGCAACAACCAGGGUGCGCGUAACACUCGCCGUAACCGCAACACACACCCGACGGUCUGUGGCCAAACGUGCCACCUUCUGCAUCAGGAGGUGUACGACCUCCCUGACCUCUCUGACCCACCGCCGCGCGAGCGCUUCGAGGGCGACCUGGAGGACGAGAACGGCGCCUGGGCUGCGUGGGUGCGUCGGCGGCGUGACAGCCCCAACAGUGCGGAGUGGCAGGUGUGGCACAACGGCCCGCUGGAGCAGUUGUUUAGAACAUACGUCCCGGCGCGGCGGCGUCCUGCUCCUCGCCAGCCGAAGAAGAGGUCGAAGGUGGCGCCAGAAGCAACGUCGGCCGUCGAGGCCAAGUCUGUCGAGGAAGGGAAGAGGAAUGCAGAAGGGGAGGAGGGAGCUCAGACGGCCGAUGAGGAGCUGACGACCCUGGUUGCUGACGAGGAGGAUAUCAUGGACGGAGAGGAGAAUGAAGAAGGAGAGGAAGAGGAUGACGGCGACGAUGAUGCCAACGACGAUGCCACCAGCGAAGGGGCAGUCCACAAAGAGGCCGAGGAUGAGCCCACUCCAGUGCCAGCCCCUGCCUCAGCGACAAAGCUGAACCUGAUGGACAUCAUGUCAGCUCUCAAGGGCAUCAAGAGGGACACCCCAGAGAAAGCAGAUGAGGCGGAGGAGUAG